CGUCGAAGUAUCCAACUUAAAAUUACAGUCUACACCUUCUUCCUUUAUAAUUCCAUUAAAACCCUAAUCAUCACCAACAAUACCAUCUCUGCAACUUUACUCAUUUUCUUCAUCCGAUAUAUCAUAUUUCAUCAUUUUAAUCUCACAGACCCAGAAAACAAAAUGGGAAGCUUUGAAAAACAGACUACUUACUACUCAGACACAAAAUCAUCUUCCACUGAUAUCGACCAUGAUCAGACCACCUCAGACGAAGUUGUUCAGAAUCACAACCAAGCCCCUCCUCUCAUGGCUCCGAUAGUUUCAUCUUACAACGACCACAUUCGUCCUCUUCUCGACGCAGUAGACAAGCUCAGAACACUCGCUGUUAUGGAAGAAGGAGUACAGCUUCCGACCAUCGUGGUCGUCGGCGACCAGUCUUCCGGCAAGUCAUCAGUGCUCGAGUCCUUAGCACGUAUCAGCCUGCCACGUGGACAAGGAAUCUGUACCAGAGUCCCACUCGUGGUCAGAUUACAGAACCACACAGAGCCAGAGGCAGAGCUUUAUUUGGAGUACAAAAACAGAGUGGUUCACACCGACGAACAGCACCUCGCCGGAGCUAUAACCGCCGCUACUGACGUCAUAGCCGGAAAUGGUAAGGGAAUAUCUAAAACCCCUUUGACUCUCGUUGUGAAAAAGAAAGGGGUUCCUGAUUUGACCAUGGUUGACCUUCCUGGGAUCACUAGAGUUCCAGUUCAAGGUCAGCCUGAGAAUAUUUAUGAUGAGAUUAAAGAUAUUAUAAUGGAGUAUAUUGAGCCUGAAGCUAGUAUUAUAUUGAAUGUGUUAUCUGCAACUGUUGACUUUCCUACUUGUGAGUCAAUUAGAAUGUCUCAGAUCGUUGACAAAACAGGAGAGAGGACUCUGGCUGUUGUGACCAAAUCUGAUAAAUCUCCAGAAGGGCUUUUGGAGAAGGUAACUGCUGAUGAUGUUAAUAUUGGACUUGGUUAUGUCUGUGUUAGGAACAGAAUUGGUGAUGAAUCUUAUAUGGAAGCUAGAGAUGAAGAAACUAAGCUUUUCGAAACUCAUCCUUUGCUUUUGAAAAUGGAUAAAUCUAUUGUGGGAAUUCCUGUUUUGGCUCAGAAACUUAUGAGGAUUCAAGCCAAGAGUAUUGACAGAAACUUACCUGACAUUGAUAAGAAAAUCAAUGACAAGUUAAACAAGAGUCUUUCCGAGUUUCGAAAGCUUCCCAAGUCGAUUUCUUCAACUGCUGAAGCAUUAACAACUUUCAUGAGAAUUACUGGUUCAGUUAAGGAAUCACUAAGGAAAAUCCUUCUCAGAGGUGAGUUUCAUGAGUACCCUGGUGAGAAGAACAUGCAUUGUACAGCUAGGUUGGUUGAGAUGUUGAAUAGUUUCUCUGAUGAGCUUAAUGAAUGUCCUGAGAGUGAUCCCAAGAGAAAGUUUUUAAUGGAGGAAUUUGAGUGUUUAGAAGAAGCUAAAGAGAUCUCUUUGCCUAAUUUUCUUCCAAGAACAGCUUUUUUGUCACUUCUUCAGUCAAAAGUCAACGGAAUUUCAACCAUUCCUAUAGCUUUUGUUGAAAAACUAUGGAAGUAUAUAGAAGAGGUUUUGAUCUCAGUGUUAAUGAGUCAUGUUGAGGAUUAUCACCAGCUUCAGAUUUCAGCUAGAAGAGCAGGACUGAAUCUAAUUGAGAAAAUGAAAGAAAAGUCAAUGAAUUGGGUUUUGGAAGUAAUAGAGAUGGAAAAGCUAACAGAUUACACUUGUAAUCCUGAGUUUAUGAGGGAUUGGAACAAGUUCAUGUGUCAAAAGGAAGAAUUCAUGGUUGAAGUGAACAAUCAAUCGCGAUUUCGGAUGGAAUUAGAAGGGUUUGGAAUGAUUGAGUUUGAGAAUUUGAGGCAUUUUCCUAAUCUUUUGGACCAAGCUUUUGAUUUGAGGAUGAGAAUUGUGUCUUAUUGGAAAGUGGUUUUGAGGAGGUUGGUUGAUUUAAUGGCUUUAAAUAUGAGAUUAAGUCUUGAUAAGCUUGUUAAUAAGGAAUUGGAAAUGGAGAUUGUGAGUGAGUUAAUGGAUCCUCAUGGGAAUGGAAUUGAGAAAUUGAUGGAGGAAGCUCCUAAUGUGGCUGCAAAGAGAGCUAGGCUUACUGCUACUGUUAAUAAGUUGAAAGAGUGUAGAGAGAUUUUGGCUAAGAUUAAAGGAAGAAUUAAUACAACUUCUUCUGAUUAUAAUUAGUUAAUUAAGCUAAUUAAGUUGUUUGGUCAUGUUUGAUGUGUGUUAUUGUUAUUAUGUAUAUUUAGAACUAAGUGUUUGUGUUGUGUGUGUGCUUUUGUUGUCUUAAUUGGCAUGUUUAAUAUAAUAAAUUAUCCCUUGUUUUUA